AUGGCUUUUUCUGAACUCCUGGACCGAGUGGGCAGCGGGGCUGGUUCCAGGUUUUCCAUGGUGGUCCUGGUGGUCCCCAUCACGUGGCUUGCCCCUCAGAACAUACUGGAGAACAUCUCGGCCGCCGUGCCCAGUCACCACUGCUGGGUGCCCCUCCUGGACAACAGCACGGCCCAAGCCAGUGUCCCUGGGGCCCCGGAACCCCGGGCCCUCCUGGCUGUCUCCAUCCCACCAGGCCCCAACCAUGGGCCCCACCAGUGUCGCUGCUUCCACGACCCACAGUGGCAGCUCCUGGACCCCAAAGCCACGGCCACCAACUGGAGCGAGGCUGACAUGGAGCCGUGCGUGGACGGCUGGGUCCACAACCGCAGCACCUUCACCUCCACCAUCGUGACCAAGAUAGGGUGGGACCUGGUGUGUGACGCUCAGGCCCUGAAGCCCAUGGCGCAGUCCAUCUACCUGGCCGGGAACCUGGUGGGAGCGGCUAUGUGCGGCCAAGUCUCUGACAAGUUUGGGCGCCUGCGGGUGCUGACCUGGACCCACCUUCAGGCGGCCACGGCAGCGGCAGAGUGGACGUCAGCACAAGCCCGAGUCUUGGUGAUGACUCUGAACUCCCUGGGCUACAGCUUCGGCCAGGUCCUCCUGGCUGCGGUGGCCUACGGCGCACGCGACUGGACUGUCUCCAAUCCCUACUCCCCCCCCUUUGUGUACCCCUGGUGGCUGGCAGAGUCGGCAUGAUGGCUCCUCACUAUGGGCAGGCUGGAGUGGGGCCUGUGGGAGCUACAGAAGGUGGCCAUUGUCAAUGGGAAGAGGGCAGUGGGGGACACGCUGACUGUCGAGGUCUUGCGCUCAGCCACGCAGCAAGAGCUGAGUGUGAGCCAGACUCCAGGCAGCCUGGUCGCUCUGCUCCGCACUCCUGGACUGGGCCUCCGGACCUGUGUCUUCAUCCUGUGCGAGUAACUGCGCACCCCCACCUUCUAUGGCCUGAUCCUGGACCUGCAGGCCCUAGGCAGCAACAUUUUCCUGCUCCAGGCCCUUAUUGGGGUUGCGGACAUCCCAGCCAAGGUCGGCACCCUGCUGCUGCUGGGCCACCUGGGCCGCCAGCCCACACAGGCUGUGCUCCUGGUGCUGGCGGGGCUCUGCAUCCUGGCCAACACGCUGGCACCCCACGAAAUGGGGACCCUGUGCUCAGCCCUCGCCGAGCUGGUGCUCCGGGGAGUAGGGGCUGCCUUCACCUGCUUCACCAUCUACACCGCCGAGCUCUUCCCCACUGUGCUCAGGAUGACCGCAGGGGGCCUGUGCCAGAUGGCCACCCGAGCAGGAGUCCUGGGGCCUCUGGUCCGGCUGCUGGGCGUCUAUGGCGCCUCCCUGCCCCUGCUGGUGUACAGGGUGGUACCCGUGCUGAGCGGCCUGGAGGCCCAGAACCUGCUGCUGCCCGACACCAUACAAGAACUGCAGAGCAACUUUUCACUGCACUCCAGGGGCUCUGCAGGAGCAACAGAUCCUCAGCUUCAUCAGAAAGAUGGCUCCAGCCCCUCCCACGCCCUCUCCACUCCAGCCGCGCAGCCACGUCUUCUGUCUGCACAGCCUUGGCCACCUUCUCUCCCUGACAGCAACCCCUGCCUCCUCCCAGACCCAGGGCCCAACGCAGAGCUUUAGUGAAAUUCUCACCAUGGCUGUGGCCACACGCCUGUCCCCCAGCCUACCAGCCUGUGAGUUCGCAGAGGGUGGGGUGUCCCCAUGUCCCCAGCUCCCCUAGAGCAGAGGAGCAGUGGUGCGAGGGAGAUGAGAGAGCGAAUAAAAGAACGAACAACCGCCCCUCUCCGGCUCCGUGAUGCGUCCCCAGGGUCUGCCUGGAAGUGGGAGUGGGGACUCCUUGCUGGGGCCACCCUUUCCCAGACCAGCUUUCCUGCCCUGAGUGCCAGCCAAGGGGCUGUGUUCUCCAGCCUCUCUUGUGGGCCAGGUACCAACUGGACUGGACGCCUCAAGGCAUCAUCUCGUUGCAUCUUUUCCUGAAGCCUUUGAGAAUCUCCUGACACAUCCCUGCAAGUACCAGUGUCCAGGAGCAGGGUACCCAGAAUUUCACCCAUCCCCAUGCUGUUCAGACUCUCCCGGGAGUCACUGCCAGCCCAGCCAGACACCAGGAGCCCAGGUCAGGCCCAGGCGUGGUGAUGGGGGCAGAAGAACCCGAGAUAUGUCUCCAUUCCUUGGACAGGGAGAGCAGCAGCGGAAAACCCUGGGGCAAGGCCAUCACCAGCACCGGGACAAGACAUCCUGACAAGCCUGCCCCCCGUUCGGCCUCGCGCAGGCUCCCGCAGAGGGUGACAGCUGACCUCGGUGAGGCUGCCCACCAGGACUGUGAGCGGUAGGAGACAAGCGAGGCCCAACCCUCCCUCCUGGUGACUGGUUCAGGAAAGAGAGGAGAGGUCAACUCCGUGGAAAUCCACCCCCUGGGGCGGCUGGGGGAGGACUCGCUCUCCAACCCGUUAGGACUCAGGGUGGAGGGAGGACUCUCAAGGGCCACUGGGGCACACCCCAUGAGGGGAAGGGUGCCACCACAAAAGCUUCAUCCCAGAAUGGAGGGAUGCGGGGGGAGAUGAGGUGGACCUGGGUGGGGUUCUGGUGGGCAUUGAGCCCAAGGACCCUGGGAGGUGUCCAGGCCUAAACAAGGACCAGUCUAUGAAACUGUUGCAAGAAUGCGCUGGCCAGGGGUGGAAGCUCAGGAAGCACAAUAGGGUGAUGAAGGGUGACGAUGAGCCAAGAGUUCGAGAAUCGAGAAGGCAGAGCCUGGAGAAGCGGGCUGCGGGGCAAGACCCACCAAGCAGAAGGCAGAGGAGACCUGAGUGAUGGAGCGUGGCUGAAUCCUGUGUCCGACAGCCUGGGGCUCCACUGAAGCCCCCUGGGAGAUGCAGACCCACCCACACUCUGCUCUCCUGAGGAUGCGCCGGUACACGGGCCCUUGUGUACAACCUCCACCUCGAGAGUCUCGGCUCCUUUCGACCAAGAGGAUGAACAAAUACCCAUCUGUGAAUGUCUGGGACCUUGGGCCCAUUUCUUGUCCCCAUGAAGAAGCAAACAGCUGGUCUGAGGUGUAUGGAUCCUUCUCCCACCUGCAGCCCCAGGGGCUGCCCACCGUCAGCCAGUGGGGGGCAAGGUCCAAACUCUAGAGAUGUAAAAGGGGCAGAAAACCCGGAGUUAGGCGGAACUGGGGGAAAAUUUGGGCUCAGACACUGACCCACUUUGAGACCUUGGACUAGCAGCUGAAGCUCUUCCCACCCACAAAUAACAUUACCUCCCCCAAGGGCUGUAUCAAGGCUGUCCCCCCCACUCCCCACGCACACGUAGCCACCACCAGAAUUUCUAGCCACCUUUCUAGCCACUAGAGGGCAAAACAAUGCUCCCACCUCUGGGGAUUUGUCCGCCCCCAGAGUCCAUCUGCCAAUGUAGGAGACACAAGAGGCUCGGGUUGGAUCCCUGGGCUGGGAAGAUCCCCUGGAGUAGGAAAUGGCAAUCCACUCCAGUAUUCUUGCCUGGAGAAUUCCAUGGACAGAGGAGCCUGGUGGGCUACAGUCCAUGGGGUCGCAGAGUCAGACACGACUAAGCACACACACAGACAUUGAGAGAAGCUAAGGUCCGUGGCCAGUGGGGCCAGAGACCAGUCAUUGCUCACAGGCCUGGGGGCUGUCCCCUGCCUCUGUCCCCAAGCUGUUGGGACGUGAGGGUGAGACAAAGACAAGCUGCCUCAAGGAGUUCAAAGUCCUGCUCAACCCAAAGCUUUGGGAGCUACUUACCAGCUCUCAUGGGCUCCAGACUGGGCCCAGAUCCCAGCCCAGAGCUGGGACCAGUGUCCCAACAGCCCCCGACCCGAACAAACUGCACAGGACCAUUGGAUUUGGAAAGUUUUUGUUUUCUUUUCCCACACAUUUCCGGGGUUGGGGUGUUUUCCAAGACUCAGACACAUUUGUUAACAAAGAGAGAAAAAAAACUGGGGGAGCAGGGAGCCUGUGGGCAGAGAAGUGACCCCAGCAGUCCGCGGGCUAUGCCUGGCUCCCCCUCUUCCCUGCUGCCCGCGCCCAACGGGUGCCACAGGCUGCUGCUCGCGAUAUCUAGAUUAUUUGUCUUCAAUAUAUAUCUGCAUUUGCCUUUCCCCUCCCACCCGCCCCCCACCCUGCUCCUCCAGCAGCUUCCCCAUCAAUGCACGUCGCCCGGCGGCACACAACAGAGCAGGCCUUCCCAGGCCCAAGCCCCUUCCCUUGGCUGGGGGCACCAGGCAGGCCCCUCCUCCUGGUGGGCGGAGCCCAGAGCUUCCGAGGCCGCCCAGGCCCCGCCCCGCCCCGCCCCUCUCUGGGCCGCUCCGCCCACCCUCCCGCCCUUCUCCCACCGACUCUGGAAACCCAAAGGGAGGAAAGGAAGGGAGAAACCUGACACACACAAAGGAGAAGUGGGGAAGGAGGGUGGGGACGGAGAGACACAGCAAGCCUGGGGUGGGGUCUGAAGGGCUUGGGGAGAGAAGGAAGGCAGGAGGAACAGAGGGAGCAAGAAGAAAAAUGGAGGGAAAUGAACAGGACGAGUAGCGGACGCUGUACAAAACCCCCAGCCUUCCUUCCCGCCCAACCCCACCAAAAUAAAACUACCCCCCUUAAAAAAAUAAAUCAACCCAGGGCUGUGAGCACGUGCCCUGCCAGGCGGGCGCAGAGCUGAGAAGGACAGACAGCCCCAGGACGGACGAUAACUCCGCGCCGGACAGCCGGCAGGAGGAAGGGGACGAGCACGGGGUUUUCCUUUCCUUUUUCUUUUUUUGCGUUUCCUCUUCGUGAGAGAAGUCUGAGGCAGCCAGGGAGUGGGUCCCCAGAGCCCCGGCAGGGAGAGGGCCGCA